AUGAUUCAUCGCUAUUUACAAAUUCUAAAGAAUCUGUUAAAUUAUAUAAACCUUUAUUGUAAUUUAGAAACAAGAAUUCUAGCCAUGUUUCUUUAUACUCUAAUAGCAAUUUACUGUUCUAUCUCAUUUUUUUUUGAUAUACACUGCCUGGCAACUGACGCAAUUGUAUAUUCCAAUGUAGGUUAUUCCGGAUCAUACAUGGAUGUGGUGAGCAUGGAUGAAAGCAGCUGCCAGUGUUCACAAACGUCGACAUCAUUUAGUGGGACUUUUGCUCCCUUUAACGAAGAGCUCUCUGUUCAUUUUCGUGGCCCUAUUACCUUGCUUCAAUUCGGAGUUUACACACCUGGUGGUGGCUCCAGCUAUAAAAAAAGAGAGGAACAGGAUAAUGAACAAGGACAUGAACAUAGAAAGAGGGAAGCAUCUGCAGUUUUAACCUCUACUGUAGAAUCCCAAUUACCGUCUUCAUCAUCGUCGUCGUCAACUGGGUCGUCGUCAUCUGGAACAUCUUCAAGCUGGAAUCAGGUAGCUUAUUUCUCUCCUGGGUCUUGCUCGAAUGUCGUCUUCAUGAACCAUAAAGGUGAUUGGAGCAAUUGUUUUGGUAGUGCUCUUACAUACUGUGCUUCAAAUGGUGUCGAUACUGCAUCGUCUGCACAAGCUUUGGACGAGGUACAAGUCGGUUCCAACAAUGAGUUCAUUAUUUUUUCAAGCACUGAGUGUAGUGGGAAUGACUGUGGCUGUUGUAGAAGCAGCUCAGUCCCAUACUACCACGGAUUUGGUGGCACAUCUAAAAUGUUUGUAUUUGAAUUCAAAAUGCCUAAUGACUCAGGAAGUUCUACCACCGAGAACGUGGACAUGCCUGCCAUAUGGCUGUUGAAUGCGAAAAUUCCUAGGACUGUGCAAUAUGGGUCCUCAAGUUGUUCCUGUUGGUCUACUGGCUGUGGAGAAUUCGAUAUUUUUGAGGUUUUAUCAAGCGGUUCUUCUGCUUUAAGCAACGAUAUACAUGACGGACAAGGUUCUGAUGGCACUUGCUCAGGGGGCGGUGGUUCCAGUGCUACUUUUGACAGACCUACGAGUAAUUCAAUGAAGGCAGUUGUAAUAUUCAAUGAGGAGAGUGGCACUAUCAACAUUGUAAAAGUUUCCGAUGAUACUACAUUUGGAGGAAGUAUCGAUGCAUCAACGGUGAGUGGGUGGCUCUCAACUUCUGGUAAUUCAGUAUCUCUUUAA